UAAUAAUAAGUUUUUAUUGUUUUAUUGGCAAAUCUAUGUCUCAGGCAUAGUGCUGAAUAUACUGAAUUUUCACCCUUAUUUUUUUUUUAGGCCGUGCCACGCGGCAUAUGGGCUCCAGUCCCCCGACCAGGAAUCGAACCUGUGCCCCCUGAAGUGGCAGCGGGGAGCGCACUAGACCGCCACUCGAUUUUCUCCCUUAGUGAAGAAAUUCGCGCGUACUCCAGGAGCGCGCGUGUGCGACUGGGAUUUGAGGACGUCCUCUGAGGCAGGAGGUAUCUCAAUCCUGCGGAGACACCGCCCGCCCAGAGAGGGCGCUGUGACUCAACUCAGCCGCCUCCAGGGGACAGAGACGCAGGAUCGCGCCCGGAGCCUUCUGGGACUUGUAGUUCUUGGCCUCGUGGUGCGCAAGCGCACUGCUGAGUCCGUUGUGGGCGCGCGUCCCCGGGUGACAACGGCGGUGCGCGAAGGAGAGUUAGAGAAGUCGGGCAGCUUGCACCUACCUUGUGAAACAGUCCAGCACCUGCCCUGUGAAAAUACCCCUGCACGACAGGUCCGUGGGGCAAACUCGGCUGUGAGCCCUACCUGCCCAGGAACCUGCUUUUGCCCAGGAGAUAGGACAGGAUGGCUGCUGAGUGCCUGCUCCCUUGGCCCCAGGAGGUGGUGACCUUCAAGGAUGUGGCCGUGGACUUCUCCAUGGAGGAGUGGGAGCUGCUGGACCCUGGUCAGAGGAAGCUCUACAGAGAUGUGAUGCUAGAGACCUGUGGGAACCUGGCCUCUGUAGAAGCCUUGAGGAGCCAGAGACCCAAUUCAGGCUUUGAGGAUGGCACCAUAUGCCUAGCGUCAGCCUCUCAAGUCACCACUCUUUCUCUGUGGACUGCAUAUUCACUCUUUCAGCCAGUGGUAUCUUUCCACCUGGAGCAAGGAGAAGCCAUGUGGAUGGCAGGGAAAGGAACUCUGCGAGCUUCAUCUUCAGAUUGGGAGACAAAACUGAGAAGCCAACUGUCAGUUUACAAGAAGGUGGUUUUGGAGGAAGAACCACUUGGGGGUAUGAAUAUUAUAAAGAUCCCCAGAGAGGACUGGGGUUAUGCUGAAUCUGAGGGGAACUGUGAAGACUCCCAGAGGCUUUUGAGGCAAAUGGGGUACCCCUGGAGAGAAGCAUUUUCUCAAGAGAAGGCUACUGACUGGUAUGAAUUUGGGGAAAACUAUAACCUGAGUUCAGACCUUGUUUUAUCACGAGAUUCUAUAGGAAGACAUUUUUAUGACUAUGACUUAGCUAUUGCGAGUUUGGUAUCUGAUCCAUUCUUAAACCAUCAUCAGAUGGGAUAUCCAGACCAGAGACCUUGUGAAAGUAUUAAAUGUGGAAAAGAUCUCAGCCAAAAUAUUCACCUUAUUCCACAUGAAAGAACUCAAAUGGAGGAGAGAAUUUCUGCAUAUGCAGAAAGUGGGAAAUCAUUUAAUCAUGGUAUGGCAAUUACCAUACAAAACAGAAUCAAUAUAGUGGAGAAACCCUAUGAAUGUCACCAGUGUGGGAAAGUAUUUAACCGGAGGCAUUCCCUGAGUGAGCAUCAGAGAAUCCACACAGGAGAGAGACCAUUUGAGUGUCAGGAAUGUGGGAGAGCCUUUACACACAGCUCAACCCUCACUCGGCAUUUGAGAACUCAUACUGGAGAGAAGCCUUAUGCAUGCCAUGAAUGUGGGAAAGCCUUCAACAGGAUUUCAUCUCUUACCCAGCAUCAGAGGAUCCACACAGGGGAAAAGCCCUAUCAAUGUGAAGACUGUGGGAAAUCCUUCUGCCAGAGUUCUUACCUGAUCUUGCACAAGAGAACGCACACAGGUGAGAAGCCCUAUGAGUGUAAUAAAUGUGGAAAAGCCUUCAGUGACCGUUCAUCUCUCAACCAACAUGAACGGACUCACACUGGCAAGAACCCCUAUGUGUGUAAUCAGUGUGGAAGGGCCUUCAGCCAGAGGUCUUCCCUGGUUCGGCAUGAGAGAAUCCACACUGGAGAGAAGCCAUAUCUCUGUAAUGAAUGUGGGAAAGCCUUCAGCCAGAGCUCCUCCCUUAUCACACACCAGAAAACUCACAAUAGUCAGAAAACCUAUAAAAUAAUUGAUUGUGGGAAAGCUUUCUACCAGAGCAGCCACCUUGUUGAAUUUUAGAGCUUGCUUGCUGCCUUGUGAUGUACUGUUUAGCACUCUACCCUGUAGGUGUGUUCAGACUUUGCCCCUCUGAUGUACUGUUUGUGAAGAUGUAGGCUUAGUCUUCAUUCUUGAAGGAAAGCACUGAAGUCUAGAUCUGAGAAGGGACCUUAUAAGGGGGAGCAAUUGCCAUUGAACUAUGCCCAACAAGUGCCACCCUCUUGGAAAAUAUCAGUAAAUGGAUUGGGAAUUUGCUGAGAAUUACCAUAUUAAUUUAGUUGUUCAAACAAAGGAUAUUCUGUUUCAA